UUUAUUUUAAUUCUCUCUCUCUUGGCUAACAACCUGUAGGCUUAGGAUCUGACUGGUGCAGCAAAGAGGGUGGCUGGUAGGCACGCGCUCUGGUGCACAACCCGCUGGCGCCUCGUCGCAGUCUUCGCCCCGCGAGUCCCCAGUUCCGGGUUCUCUGACCUGGUCUGGAGGUGCCGGCGUCCAGGGCUAGAAACGGUGAAUGUGCCCUGGUGCCCCCUCGCCUUUCUGCCCCCCUUAGUUCGUGUCCUUAAUUGACAAGCCGGUGACUAUUGGCUGAAGUUCCCGGGGAUUUGCAUGGACGGAGAGGGAGUGUCUUGUGCCGCCCUCCCAUCAGGAACGCGCUGACUGCAGCCUCGCUGGGAAUGCGCGGCCGAGGGGACGCGCGCAGCUCGCGGGCCCUGGCAGUGAGCGGGAGCCCGGCGACCUGGCACCCGCGCCUGGAUAUGGGGCGUCUACUUCGUCCCAGGAGCAGCACAGGUCACAGGAACCUGCCGCAUGUGUUUCUGUUUUUCCUCUUCGUGGGACCCUUCAACUGCCUCGCGAGUUACAGCCGGGCCACCGAGCUUCUGUACAGCCUGAACGAGGGACUGCCCGCAGGGGUGCUGAUCGGCAGUCUGGCGGAGGACCUGAGGCUGGUACCCCGUGCCGCGGGUACCCAGAACCAACAGUCGCAGCCGCCAGAGCGCCGUGGUGCGCCAUGGAACCCCCCUCUCUCCUUCAGCCUGGCCUCCGGAGGGCUGAGUGGCCAGUACGUGACCCUGGACAACCGCUCUGGGGAGCUGCACACUUCUGCACGGGAGAUCGACAGAGAGGCCCUGUGUCUUGAUGGAGGUGGAGGGGCAGCCUGGGGAGGCAGUAUUUCCAUUUCCUCCUCCCCUUCCUCUGACUCUUGCCUUUUGCUUCUGGAUGUGCUGGUCCUGCCUCAGGAAUACUUUCGGUUUGUGAAAGUGAAAAUUGCCAUCAGGGACAUUAAUGACAAUGCUCCGCAGUUCCCUGUUUCCCAAAUUUCUGUUUGGGUUCCGGAAAAUGCACCAGUAAAUACCCGCUUGGCCAUAGAGCAUCCUGCUGUGGACCCAGACAUAGGUAUCAAUGGAGUGCAGACCUAUCGCUUACUGGACUACCAUGGCAUGUUCACCCUGGACGUGGAGGAGAAUGAGAAUGGGGAACGCACUCCCUACCUAAUUGUCAUGGGAGCUUUGGACAGAGAAACCCAGGAUCAGUAUGUGAGCAUCAUCAUAGCCGAGGAUGGAGGAUCUCCACCAUUGAUGGGAAGCGCCACCCUCACCAUUGGAAUAAGUGAUAUUAAUGACAAUUGCCCUGUCUUCAUGGACUCACAAAUCAAUGUCACUGUAUAUGGGAAUGCUACAGUAGGCACCCCAAUUGCAGCUGUCCAGGCUAUGGAUAAAGACUUAGGAACCAAUGCUCAGAUCACCUACACUUACAGCCAGAAGGUUCCACAAGCAUCCAAGGAUUUAUUCCAUCUCGAUCAAACUACUGGAGUCAUUAAACUUUUCAGUAAGAUAGGAGGCAGUGUUCUACAAACACACAAGCUCACCAUCCUUGCCAAUGGACCAGGCUGUAUCCCUGCUGUGAUCACUGCUCUGGUGUCCAUUAUCAAAGUCAUUUUCAGACCACCUGAAAUUGUCCCACGUUAUAUAGCAAAUGAGAUAGAUGGUGUUGUUUACCUGAAGGAACUGGAACCUGUUAACACUCCAAUUGCAUUUUUCACCAUAAGAGAUCCAGAAGGUAAAUACAAAAUCAACUGCUACCUGGAUGGGGAAGGGCCAUUUAGGUUAUCACCCUACAAACCAUAUAAUAAUGAAUAUUUGCUAGAGACCACAAAACCUAUGGACUAUGAGCUACAACAGUUCUAUGAAAUAGCUGUAGUGGCCUGGAAUUCAGAGGGAUUUCAUGUCAAAAGAAUCAUUAAAGUGCAACUUUUAGAUGAUAAUGACAAUGCUCCUGUUUUCCUUCAGCCCUUGAUAGAAUUAACCAUUGAAGAAAACAAUGCACCUAAUGCCUUUUUGACUAAACUGUAUGCUACAGAUGCUGACAGUGAAGAGAGAGGUCAAGUUUCAUAUUUUUUGGGACCUGAUGCUCCAUCAUAUUUUUCUUUAGACAGUGUCACAGGAAUUCUGACUGUUUCUACUCAGCUGGACAGAGAAGAAAAAGAAAAGUACAGGUACACUGUCAGAGCUGUUGACUGUGGGAAGCCACCUAGAGAAUCAGUAGCCACUGUGGCUCUCACAGUGUUGGAUAAAAAUGACAACAGUCCUAGGUUUAUCAACAAGGACUUCAGCUUUUUUGUGCCAGAAAACUUUCCAGGAUAUGGUGAAAUUGGUGUAAUUAGUGUAACAGAUGCUGAUGCUGGGCGAAAUGGAUGGGUUGCCCUUUCAGUGGUGAACCAGAGUGACAUUUUUGUUAUAGAUACAGGAAAGGGCAUGUUGAGAGCUAAAGUCUCUUUGGACAGAGAACAGCAAAGUUCCUAUACUUUGUGGGUUGAAGCUGUUGAUGGGGGUGAACCUGCCCUCUCCUCUACCACAAAAAUCACAAUUCUCCUUCUAGAUAUCAAUGACAACCCUCCUCUUGUUUUAUUUCCCCAGUCUAAUAUGUCUUACCUGUUGGUACUGCCUUCUACUCUCCCUGGCUCCCCAGUUACAGAGGUCUAUGCUGUUGACAAAGACACAGGCAUGAAUGCUGUCAUAGCUUAUAGUAUCAUAGGAAGAAGAGGCCCCAGACCUGAGUCCUUUAGAAUUGACCCUAAAACUGGCAACAUUACUUUGGAAGAGGCAUUGCUGCAGACAGAUUAUGGACUGCAUCGAUUACUGGUCAAAGUGAGUGAUCAUGGUUAUCCAGAGCCUCUCUAUUCCACAGUCAUGGUGAACCUAUUUGUCAAUGAUACUGUCAGUAAUGAGAGCUACAUUGAGAGUCUUUUACGAAAAGAACCAGAGAUUAACAUAGAAGAGAAAGAACCACAAAUCUCAAUAGAACCAACUCAUAGGAAGGUAGAGUCUGUGUCCUGUAUGGCCACGCUAGUAGCUCUGUCUGUAAUAAGCUUGGGUUCUAUCACACUAGUGACAGGGAUGGGCAUAUACCUCUGCUUAAGGAAAGGGAAGCAACAUCACAGAGAAGAUGAAAAUAUGGAAGUACAGAUUCCACUAAAAGGAAAAAUUGACUUGCAUAUGAGAGAGAGAAAGCCAAUGGAUAUUUCUAAUAUUUAAUAUUUCAUUGUGGAAUAGCACAGUGAUAUGUUCUGACUGACUUUGGAUCAUCUUCAUCACCCAAACAAAACUGUGCAGUUGGCAUUCCCAAUGAAGAACAUCUAAUUUAUAACUUGUAAUAUAUUGUAAAUAGCUGUUUACAGGUUUUUAAAUUCAAAUUCAGAGGUUAUAAAAUGUGUACAGAAUUUUUAAAUGAAAAUUAGUACUAACAGCUAUGGAAUUGUUAUUUAUAAAAAAAAGUUUGGAAAUGAAUUGCAGCUUUCUUACACCAAGCAGAUGAUAGAUAAAACCUAGGAAAUAAGGUAAGAAAAUGGUACUUUUUUGUUGUUCUAAAAUUUCCUUUCACCACAAGAGGGCAUCAGCUGCUACUUUGCAGGGAACUGUUUGAGGUAUUGUACAUGACAGUUGUACAUGAAAUUAAUGAGAGAGUAUAUUUUAAAUAUAUUGUUUUUAACAUUAAAUAAUAUAAAAUUAAAGCAAAUUGAAUUUUACCCUACUUAAAUAUAUAAAAAAAGAAAUGCACUUGUUAGCAGAAUGUUUAUUACCUCAUAGGUAAAUCACAUAUAGUUUGAAAGAGAAGGCAUUAAAAAGAAGUAUAGUUUCAUUUUAGAAAGUAGAAAAACAUUGCCAUGUGUUAUGAAUUUGAACUGCUGAAGAGUAUUUUACUUUCUGUGUACACAAAUUGCUAUCUGUCUGCUUUACCACUGCAUUUGCUAUAAUUACUGGGGAAAAUAUAUCUAUUCUUUCUUACAGAAAAUGUAAGUAGAAAUUGUGCCCAAGAAAAACAGCCAGAGCAAAAGGUAUCUUGAGUCUUACUUGCUUUAGUUACUUCUUCAGUAUUCAUGAAGUUUUAGUGCUUUUGCGAUUUGUCAGUAGUACUUUGUACUUGGGUUAUAUGUUAGAUUUUUAUAUGCUUAAAUUCAUCACAUAAAAAAUAAGAGUCAUAUUAAAAUUGAAUUAUUCUAGAAGCUAGUGUACAAUACUUGUUGUUUUAGUUGGGCAUUUUGUAUAAAUGUUAUACUUUCUUUUUGUUGUUGUUUAGAUGUGCUGACUACCAUUUUUGGCUUCCUUUCUUUGACUUUGGAUUAGGUUCAAGAGUUUAUUUGUAAGUCCAGCAGCAGAUUCCUGGUAAUUUAGCUUUUACUGAAUCUUUUGCAUUGAAGAAAACUGGUUCCUCAGUGAUCUCUCAAUUUUACUUCAUUGAGUGAGCUGGAAAUUUUAUUUUACAUUAAAAACUAUAGCAAAAUUAUCUGUAUAAACGAGGAAUGUUUAAUUUCAAAUGGAUUAUUUUACUUUCUCACAUUAUGUGUCUGUACUGUACCAAAACUGUUUAUAUGUCUGCAAAUUAAAGGAUAUAUUUUCAUAA